AUUUGUAUCUGUCGUCGUAUGCAAAUGUUGAAAACAAUCGAGUGCAAACUAAAUCUUAGUAUAAAAUAAAAUAAUCAAAUUGUAACAUAUGUGAAAUGCAUUUUAUAAAUUAUGACUUUGGCAGAGAUCAAAGAUAUUCUUGCAUUUUGCGCUUCAAUUUGUACGGUUUUACAGUUUUUGGCUGGCGUCUUAGUGUGCAAGAAAUAUAUUAGAAAUGGUACAACUGGAGAUAGCUCAAGUUUGGCCUUUAUGACAUGUUUUAUGUCUUGUAGCUUAUGGUUGCGAUAUGGAGUACUUAUUGGAGAUUGGUUUAUUGUAUGUGUAAAUAUCUUUGGGACAGUAUUGCAAAUAUGCUAUAUGCUAAUUUACAUCUCAUACAGUGUAAAAGGAUCGACUACUGUUAAGCAGUUUAUAGUAGCAAUAUGCUUUGUUUUAUCUAUAUAUUUCUACAGUAUUUAUCAAGAGGAUAAAGUUUUGGCUGCAAAAUAUGUAGGAUUUCUUAGUUGCAGUCUGACAGUAUUAUUUUUUGCAUCACCAUUGAUUUCACUUGUACAUGUAAUAAAAGUAAAAAGCACAGAUAGUUUGCCAUUUCCAGUCAUAGUAUCUUCUAUGAUAGUGUCUUGUCAAUGGUUUACAUAUGGAUGUCUACUUGGUGACCAAUUUAUACAAAUACCAAAUUUUAUGGGCUGUGUAUUGUCAGCUUUUCAACUUUCUUUGUUUUUGAUUUAUCCAAGUAAACGAACAGAUCAAGCCUAUUUUAUAUAAAAUAUUGAUUAUAGUUUCUACUUGGAAAAGUAAUUAUA